AUGGCAUCGACUGUAGCCGUACCGAACGGCGACAAUGAGGCCGUUACUCCAUUGAGAUAUGUCGAUAUCGGUAUCAAUUUGAGCGACCCAGUUUUCAGGGGGGUCUAUCACGGGAAAAAGUGUCAUGAAGAUGACCUAGAGGACGUCGUGGAACGAGCUAUUCGGGUCGGUUGCACCAAAUUCAUGGUCACAGGUUCUGAUCUCGAAGAAUCUCAAAGAGCCAUCGAAGUUGCGCAAGAGUACCCUGGGCAUUGCUAUGCAACGGUUGGCGUACACCCAUGCUCCUGUCUCCAAUUCGACAAACAUGCACAAGGUCCAGAUGCAUAUCUGUCGGAGCUGCGAGAAUUAGCAGUCAAAGAGUCUCAGGCGGGGCAUGUAGUCGCCUUCGGAGAAAUCGGUCUUGACUAUGACCGGUUAUACCUCUGUCCAAAAGAGGAGCAACUCAAAUACUUCGAGAUCCAGCUGGACCUGGCCGUUGAGCUCCAAUUGCCACUCUUCCUUCACAGCCGAGCGGCGGCAGAGGACUUUGAACGUCUGCUUAAGCCACGGCUAGAAAAGCUUCCAAAGGGAGGUCUUGUGCACUCGUUCACCGGGACUCUAGAAGAAAUGCAAAGAGCGGUCAAUCUCGGUCUUGACGUCGGGGUUAAUGGAUGUAGUUUAAAAACCGAGGAGAAUCUGGAGGUGGUAAAGCAGAUUCCGCUGGAAAGACUGCAGAUUGAAACCGACGGACCAUGGUGUGAGAUGCGACCAUCGCAUGCAUCAGCAGUGCUUCUGAAAGACGCGCCUGUAUUGCCCAAGUCGGUAAAGAAGGAGAAGUGGGUUAAAGGGGCAAUGAUCAAGGGACGCAAUGAACCAGUCAGCAUUCCGCGUGUCGCGCUGGCCAUUGCGAAAAUAAAAGGGAUAUCCGUUGAGGAGGUUUGCAAAGUAUCAUCGGCCAACUCGAUUCGAAUGUUUGGAUUAGGACAGUCGUAACAUAGUCAACGUUAUUCGAGUCCAAAACUAGCGGAUGGUACCGCUCGCCGCAUUCUGCUCGAGGCUUCAAGCUGCACUAUGGAUAUAGCAUAGAUAUUGUGUCACGAAUAAAACCUGUUUAUUCAAAGACCCGAUGUAAAUCCAAAGGAUGGUUACCUAGUGGAACAUGCUUGUCAUUCAUUUCAUGUCCUACUAUGUAGACUAGAGGUG